AUGCCACCCAAGCAGGCAACGUUGGGCAAGUUCUUUGGCCGUCCCAAUGGCUUAAAGCCGGAACCGCAGCAGUCGAAGCUCUCCUUCUCGAGCAAGUCCCAACCUAAGAAGGAGUCAGUCGUAAAGAAGGAGCAACCUAUGGAAGAGGAAGAGGGGGAGGAUGCGAGUGCGGGGGCUGUGCAAGCAGACGAUGGUGGAGAUGUUCCUAUGAAGGAUGAGAGGCCACGAACUCCUGAGCCGCAGGCCAAUGGGUCACCGGAUGAGGUUGACGGAGAGGGUGCAGAUGACUCAAGCAACGAAGCGACCGCGAUUACAACGCCAUCGGUUCCUCAGCGGCCGAACAAGAGACCAGCUGAAGAUGACGGCGAAGAUUCAUCGUAUUCUGAUGUGGAACCGAAGAAUAAGAGGCGGAGGAAGCCUUCACCAAACCCGCCAACGAAGACCAGUCCGCAAGCGAAGCCGAAAGCCAGCUCACAAGAAAAGCCGAAGGCAAAGCCUAAGAAGUCAGUCACAUUCAAGGAGACAGAAUCACCAGCGACUAGUCCAAAGGGUGAAAAAACAGCCAGGGAGGCAGCCAAACCGAAGACGUCAAACGGUACUCCCAAGCGAGUGAAGAAGGAAGGAUCUAAGGCCGUCGUAGAAGUGGUCGUCAAGUCGCCUCGAAGCAAAGCCCCCAAGCCGGUUGCGACAGCUGAAGUGGUUGAAACCGAACAAAAUUCAUCAGCCGAAGAGGUCGCAUCUGACGCAGAAGAGGGAGUUGAAUCUGACGAAGACGAAAAGCCUGAGGUUGUCGCCAAAGCAAGAGAGAAGGUCCAAUUAACACUCAAGGCGGGCGAAAAGGACCCAUAUCCGGAUUGGAAAGAUGGUGAUCCUGUUCCCUAUGCCGCGCUGUGUACGACGUUCUCGAAGAUUGAGAUGACCACAAAGCGCCUCGAGAUCCUAGCUCAUUGCUCACUGUUCCUACGACAAGUCCUGCGCCUGACGCCGAACGACCUUCUACCUACCGUGCAACUCAUGAUCAACAAGCUUGCUGCCGACUAUGCCGGAAUAGAGCUGGGCAUAGGCGAGUCACUCAUCAUGAAGGCUAUCGGUGAAGCCACGGGCAGAAGCUUGAACAUCAUCAAGGCUGAUCAGAAUGAGAUUGGAGAUCUAGGUCUUGUGGCAGCAAAGAGCAGGUCCACACAGCCAACCAUGUUCAAGCCGAAGCCGUUGACUGUUCGGGGUGUCCACGAAGGCCUCAUGGCUAUUGCGACCACGUCCGAAGGUGCAGGUGCACAGGGUCGGAAGAUUGCAGGCAUCAAGAAGUUACUGUCCGCUGCGGAUGCACAUCUCGCCGGGAAGGGCAGCAAAGGCGUCGACAUUACAAAAGACAAGGGCGGGCCCAGCGAGAUGAAGUAUAUCGUCAGGGCACUGGAGGGUAAGAUGAGGCUGGGCCUGGCGGACAAGACAGUUCUUGUAGCACUCGCACAGGCGAUGGUCUUUCACGAGGCGUCACAGAAGGGCGACAAGAUUCCAAGCACUGAGCAGCUGGCGAAAGGCGAGACCAUCCUGAAGUCGGUUUACAGUGAACUCCCCAGUUACGAGGUUGUCGUGCCAGCCAUGCUCGAGCACGGCAUCACCAAUCUGCGGGAGAGCUGCAAGCUCCAGCCCGGUGUGCCCCUGAAGCCUAUGCUUGCCAAACCUACCAAAUCAAUCACCGAGGUCCUCGACCGCUUCGAAGGGAAGAACUUCACCUGCGAGUACAAGUAUGACGGAGAGCGGGCUCAGAUCCACUUUGUCGCCCAUGAUGCAGCUCAGGAAUAUGCGACUGCAGUGUCGGCAGCCGGCAAGAGCGAAAAGGGCAUCGCCAACAUCUUCUCUCGGAACUCGGAGGACUUGUCGAAGAAAUAUCCAGACAUCCUCCAAAAGCUGCCGACAUGGGUUAAGGACGGCACAAAGAGCUUCGUCCUUGACUGCGAGACCGUCGCAUGGGAUGUGGUGCAGAAGAAAGUGCUGCCAUUCCAACAGCUCAUGACGCGCAAGCGCAAGGACGUCAAAGCUGAGGACAUCACAGUCAAGGUCUGCGUGUUCGCCUUUGACUUGCUUUUCUUGAACGGCGAGGCCCUUGUAAACCAACCCUUCCGCGAACGCCGCGAAAAGCUGCACGUUGCCUUCCAACCCAUCGAAGGUGAGUUCGCCUUCGCCCAAUACGGCGACACCUCCGACCUCGACGCCAUCCAAACCCUCCUCGACGACUCCGUGAAAGCCUCCUGCGAAGGCCUGAUGGUGAAAAUGCUCGACGGCCCCUCCUCGCACUACGAGCCGUCCCGGCGGUCCCAAAACUGGCUCAAAGUGAAAAAGGACUAUCUCUCCGGCGUGGGCGACUCGCUGGACCUGGUCGUGCUAGGCGCCUACUACGGCCGCGGCAAGCGCACCUCCGUAUACGGCGCCUUCCUGCUCGCGUGCUACAACCCGGCCACCCAGGUCUACGAAACCGUCUGCAACAUCGGGACCGGGUUCUCCGAGGCCGUGCUGGAAGAGUUCCACGCCCAGCUCAAGGAACUCGUCAUCGAGCGCCCGAAACCCUUUUACGCGCAUGCGGCGGGGAACAACUUCCAGCCGGACGUCUGGUUCGAAGCCCGCUAUGUUUGGGAGGUCAAGACGGCGGAUCUAACGCUGUCGCCGCGGUACAAGGCCGCUGCGGACCAGCUCAGUAAUUCGGGGGGAAAGGGGAUUAGUCUCAGGUUUCCGCGGUUUAUUAAGGUGAGGGAUGAUAAGAGGCCCGAGCAGGCGACGACGAGUAGGAUGAUCGCGGAGAUGUAUCAGAAGCAGGAGAGUGUGGCCAAGAAUAAGGGACCGGCGGUGGAUGAUGAUUUUGAGUAUUGA